AUGGACUCCAGUCUUCAGUCUCACCCGCUCCACCAGCUGGGCCAGCCUCAGUCCCAAAUGGUGUCUCAGUUUGAGCAGCCACAUCUUCAGCAGCAGCAGCAUCUCCAGCAGCAAGACCAACAACAGCAACAGCAACACCAUCAGCAGCAGCAACCGCUGGACUCGACCAGCGCCGCCCAAGAUGUCCUCGUCGAGGCGCGCAAGAACCUCCAGGUCCUGAUCGAUUCCGGCCUCUCCAAGGAUCUCCUCCACCAAUGGGUCGACGACGACAGCUUCUCUCUGCAGCUUUCGUUCCCUGGCCAGCAGUCGCCGCUCUCCCAGAACCUCUCGACAUCCGCCUCCGCAACCACGCCUCCCGCCUCGGCCUCGACUCCCAUCCCGUCGCCGCUGCUGUCCAACACCGUUUCCGCAUCUCCCUCGCAUCGCAUCCAGUCGCCUCAGACAUCCUCUCUCGCGCCGUCUCUCCAUUCCGCGACUCCGCAGAAUCAAAAUCAAAAUCAAAUCGCACCUCCGUCGGCCGCUUCCGCCGUCCACGGCUCCCCUGUCGCGUCUCUCUCGGCCUCAUCCGCCGCUACCUCUCCCGCCGCCAUCUCCAGCUCGGGCACCAUUGGCACCUCGGCGUCUCCCGGAAAUGGCGCGCCGCCGUCCAUCGCCAUCAUCAAGACUGAGCCCUCGUCCUUCGCCGACGAUGUGUCAAGGGCCUGGGCCGCAGCAUCCGUGCUUCCGCAGGCCCCGGUCUCCAUGUCCGGAGCUCCCCCGGCCCAGGUUGCGCGCGUUGCCCCGGCUGCCAACAUAGUCAAGUCGGAUACCGCGACCUUCAUCUCACCCUCGAUGCCCUACCUCCACCACCGGCCACGCAUCUCCGUCUCCUCGACCAGCUCGGGCUCCUCCGGCCAUGCUUCCCUGUGGUCCGUCAACUCGGCGCGUUCGUCCAUGUCCUGGGCGUCAGCUUCGUCUUCGCGCACUCAGGGAUCGCUGCCCAUGACUCCGGCCUCGUCCUCCUCGGCCAACAAGACCAACAUCUACUGGUGCACAUCGUGCGAGACCAGCUUCAAGCGCAAGUAUGACUGGAAGCGCCACGAGGACGAGUUCCAUGAGCGCUGGAGGAAGUAUCCCUGCCCCGAGCCUGGCUGCAAUCGCAGCUUCUGGGGCUCCAACUCGUUCAACCAGCACCACAAGCAGUGCCACGGCUGCAAGACGUGCCCCCAUGCCGAAAAGGUGGUCAAGUUCCUCCGCAAGCGCAAGUACUGGGCCUGCGGCUUCUGUUCCGCCCUCCACCCGGCGCGUGAGCGUCACGUUGAGCAUGUGGCCCGGCAUUUCGAGUCUGGCCUGGGCAAAGCUGAAUGGAUGCAUUCGAGGGUCAUCUACGGUCUCCUGCACCAGCCUCUCAUCCACAACGCCUGGGACGCGCUCGUGUCGACCAAGCAAGCCGAGUUUGGCGGACGCCGGCCCCAGUUCAGUUGGCAUCCGAGCAAGACCGGGCGAGCUCAGGGCUUCCUCGAGAAAGAGAACCCAGGCCAGCUGCAAGAUCUGCUCGAGUUCUUCUCCGGCGACGAGGGCGAGGCCCAGUGGAUCGUCAACAUCGCCUUUGAGCUGUCUGACAUGGCCUUUGCGACUCCGCAACCGCCGGCCCCUGUACCGUCGCCGCAGCCGCAGUUUGCGCCCAACAUGAUGGCCGCUCCGACCGGCUUCCCGCAGCAGCAGCAGCAGCAGGAUGCUCGCAUGUCCUUCGCGGCGCUACCAUCACAGGCGCCGCAGCAAAUGCUGUCGUCCUCCCCCUCGGCCACUUCCAACCCCUUUGGCACUUCGCCCUAUCGAGCCUCGGCCUUUGUCCCCUCGCAGCCAUUCCCCUCGCAGGUUCAGCAGCACCCGUCCGACAUGUCAGCGGCCGCUACGAUGGCUACCUCGCAGCUUCAUCUCGACAAGCGCGAGCUUCCCCCCAUCCCUCAGGGCCACACGCCUUCCAUGGCAGAUGGCAUGAUGGACUUUGAGUACUCUCCCGCCCCUGUCCUCUUCGAGGACUGGGAGAGCAUUGCCAGCUCAACUUAUCUCGACACGACGGCAAGCCAGCAACAGCAACAGUCCAACCAGGCUUCUGACUGGGGGAUUGCCCAAUUCUAUGGCAACCACACUGCCAACUGA